AUGAACAAUUCGCUAUUUCUGGCCUUGGUGCUGGCGUUGGUAGCUCUUGUUACGGUCCAAGCACAAUCUGGAGGCACUUUUAACGAGCCUCCUGGUCAACGUCGUCAGCAGACUUAUCGUGUCUUGGAAUAUGAAGAUGGUACCAUCAAUCAGCGCUUCAAGGGAACUCUUCGCUAUUACUGUACCUUUCGGGGAAAGUGGAGCGAGGAGCGCCAUCCGCGGGAUUUCCCCAAGUCUCCAUCCUUUAGUGCACCCAUUAUGAUUGCCCAUUCCAAUGGAUACCGUAUGUGGACGGGAACCGAAGCUGCUACUUUGGGAGUGGAAGCAAUUGCAGAGGAAGGGUUCAAUACGGUCAUGACUCGAGAAUUCAACAAUGCUGGUUUCGAAACCUUGAUGAUGGUCCAGGGAGACCGCAUGUUCAACACUACCGAAAGUCAACAUUUGCCUCCCAUCAAUGUGACCUACGAACAUCCCUUUCUUUCCAUGAUGACCAAGUUCACUCCAAGCCCCGAUUGGUUUGGUGGAUUCUCCGACAUGCGUAUCAUCAGUUACGAAACCGAGACUUACUUCAAUAGAAUUGUGGUGCAGUCCUACGUCUGGGAUGCGGGUACAGAUGCUGGACAAUCCUACACUGCACUUGAUCGUGAUAUGGAUCCACAAGAACCCGUCGCCCGCAUCAGCAAAAACAACAUUCCCCACCGCAAGCCCUUUUUGAGUCCCGACGAGUCCUACAUUCCAGUGCCCAUUGAGGUGGAAUGUGUUCUGAGGGUGGGAGAAGGAUCUGUCAUUCCGGGCAUUCCCUUUGACGAACGCCAAAUCCGUCCGCCCUUGUAUGUACCAAGGCCCGACGAUGAUUUCGUUGAAGGAAUGGAGCCUCACAACUGGUGGCAAAAGUAUGGAGAAGGAGAAUGCCGUGGAAGGUUUUGCAACAGUGCCGAUUCCAGAAAUCUCAUGGUAACAAUGUUUGCCAUGAUGUUGACGACGGCUGUGUCGUGGUUCCUAUGGUAA